ACAGUGAUACGCUAGCGCUCGCCGUACAAGUGCGUCUUUGAUGGCACGGAGGUUGGCAGCAGAAAAUCUUAGAAACAUACACGCAUUGACCCAAAUAGCUCCGCGUGUGCUGCUCGCAGACGUACUCAUUGCGCUAUUUUUUUACUUUAAUUUAAAAAGCGUGUAUGCUAAAUGCGUGUAUACUAAACAAUGGCAUCUUGGAGAAACUCUUAAACGAAAACUUCCCUAGCAGCUCAGUGACGCCUUGGCUUGACUUUCGUUGGGACAUCGCGAACAACCAGCGCUCUGCCCAGGGACGCGACGCCGAUGUAGCACUGUAGCAGGCCGGCUCAGCUCACCUGUCCGUAUCCUGCUACUGCUAGAUAAUCCAAUCGAAAACGAAAAACAUUUGUUAGGGGUGACAUCUUCCCGCUUCUGAUUGUAAAAUCUCAGCAUAUUCGAAAAUGUCAGGUGUUGAACUUAAGCCUAUCAAAGAAGCAGGUGGAGCAAACAUCCUUCUUCCAUUAGGGAAAACAAACUUGGGAAGGGGUUCUUUCUUUGAGAUCGCUGAUAAACGAGUCUCUAGAAAUCAUGCUGUUCUUGAAGUGGAAGAUGGGAAGAUCAGAGUCAUGCCAAUACAUACGAACCCUACAUUCUUUGAUGGCGCAGGAGGAACUAAAUUGGCACCUUUAACUAAAGACGUAUGGCGAGACCUCAAACAUGGAGACCGUAUUGCUCUGACACCCGAUGAACACAUCUUUGAAGUUGUUAUUGAUUACAGACCUAUUGUGCAAGAAACCCAGAGUCCAAGACUAUCUGCUGAAGAAUUAUCCCCUUUGAAACAGACUUCACCAUUUAAGCAGUCUAUUACACCUUCACUUCAAAAUAAUGGAAUACAAAAUGAGAAGAAAGAAAAUGGUCAAAACAAUCAGUCUAAAGAUGAUGAUGAUGAUAAUAAUGAUCUAAAAGGGAAGUCAAUAGAGAAAGAAGAAGAAACUUCACCUGCUACAUCAAUUGAAGGAGAUAACAGCAGAGCAUCUACCACAGAUGGUAAGAAUGCUACUGAAGAAGAGGAAGAUAGAUCCAAGAUGGAAGAAACAACGGAACAAGAUGGACAAAAGGAAGGGGAAACUAAACCUGAAGAUAAAUCAACAAAGGGGCCUGGGACAGUGGUGUAUGAUGAUAAAGAGAUUGCUCUCCCAGUGCAGAAAGAGAGGGCACUCCCAGCGUGGAUGACCAGUCCUCCAAAACCAAAAGCAGAAGCUAAACGUGCCACGACAGGUACCCCAGCCAAGAAUGCACUCCAGAACAAAGACACUGCCACACCUCAGAAGAGAGGUAGAGGAAGGCCUAAAUGUGGUGCUAAGGCUACACCUCAAGCCAAGAAAACACCCUCUCAAACCAAAGCAAGGGCAAAGAAAUACGCCGACGAUGACGACGACUAUCUUUCCGAAGAGGAGCCUGCUCAUAAGAAAAGCAAGACGUCAAGAUCUCAGAGGGGAACAUCAAAGGUUGCAUCCUACGCUGAGGAUGACUAUGAUGACUUGGAUGAGGAAUGGGUUGCAUCUGAUUUUGAUGAUGAAGAUGCGAGUGAUUGGGAAAUGGAAUCGCAGUCACAAUCCAGUAAAAAGGGCAGGGGCAAGGGGAAGUCUCCAAGGGGUAAAUUUGUCAGUCCAAGAAAGCGAGGGCAACGCAAGAAGUAUGCACAAUCGAGUGAUGAAGAAGAUUGGAGCGAGGAAGAAGUGUACGUGCCACGCCCUACCAAACGUAGAGCGUCAUCCUCCUCCAAUUCACAGCCAACUCCACAGAGAAAGAGAGGAAGGAAAGCACGACAAGAAAGUGAUAUUAGUGAUGAGGAGGAGUAUGUGCCGAAACCUACUAAAAGGACUCCUGCAAAAACAAAAACCGAUUCAGGUGAAAGUAAAAAAGAUCACGACGUCAGUGGAGAGGAAGAUGAUGACGGUGAUAAAGCACCACCGAAGAAGAAACCAGAGAAGAAAAAGAAGCUCAAAUCUUGCCAGUUUGGAAAACGAUGCUAUAGAAAAAAUCCAGUCCACUUUGGAGCAUAUUGCCACCCUGGAGAUCCUGACUAUCGCUCAGAAGGAGAUGAAGACGAAGAAUAUGGAACAUCUUGUUUAAGGAAAAAUACAGAACAUAAUGAGAACUAUCAGCACACUAAACCGCCAGCCAGACCCAAGCGAGAAGCUGCCCAAAAAGUCUUGAAGACCACUGGAUUCAGUGACGAUGAAGACGACGAUGAACCCAAUACAUAUGAUCACAAUGACAGUUUCUUGAAUGAUGAGGUGUCAGACUCGGCUUCUGUGCCUGGAAAGCGCUCUGAUGAUUCAGAUUGGGAUCCCGAAGAGGACAGUCAAGAUGUAAGAAAUCUACAGAAAGAAGCAAAGGAAUUCACGCGCAACAAGAAGAUGUACAAGACAUAGAUCCUCAACCGCCUCAAAUAAAAUUCAAUAUGUAUAUUCUCUGUUUGAAUAGCACUGACAAUCGAUGGGAAAUAACAGUUUUGAGACUUUUAUCAUUUCCUACCUUUCAGUUUAAAACACUGAAAUCAUAGUCGGACAUGACUGGAUAUGUAGAUUGAUUAUUUGACAAGAUUAGUUAUACAUGUAGUUAUACAUUCACAUUCCAUAAUGAGGGGAAGGGGAAAUUGAUUCCGAUACUGAUGGGAUGGCCUUUCAUUUAAUCAUUAUUUGGUGAUCAUGCCCAGUUUGUCAAAAUCUGAAAACUGAUGUUUCAUUGACGGAUUAGAAUGGAGUAAUUGAUAAAUUUGUAUCAAAUUUAUUUCCUAAAUAUAUCUGCAUUACAAUUUACAUACAAUUUUGGUGUCUUCUGGAAAUUCACUGUAAGUUUUAAGUUCUUGGCAAGUUUUUGAUAACUUUAUUAGGAUCUAGAUUCUGCAUGUUGCUAGGUAAUGGUGGUAAUUAAGAUCAUGUAACAGUAAUUCACUUCUUACCUUAGGCAACAUUGUCAUCACUGCAUUUUCUUUUACAUAAUGAAUUAUGAAGGUAUGGAGGAAUUUAUAUCAAUAGUAUUACAAUAUAUCUACCUUUGUCUGGUCUAUGUUAAACAUAAGCAGUGACCAUUCACAACACUUGCAAGUGCUAAUCAAGAUCAUUGUUGCUUGUGUAUUUUGUUGAAAUGUAAUAGUUAUUAUCUCACAUAUGCAAUUGAUCAAAAAAGUUUAUGUACUUUUGUCCUUUUUGCAUAUCGUAUGAUGAGGUGUAAUUUCAUAAAGCUGCAUAUGACUUAAGAACAAUUGAACAACUUGUGAGAGUAAUUUGCUACAUGGAUUUUCUAAAUAGCCUUAUCUCUCAUAAAAAAAAAAAUUCGCAUUCCUUAAAUUGAGUAAAAUUCAGAGAAAAAUGGUGAAAAUUUCAUCAAAAUCGGAUAACAAAUAAUAAAUUUAUUGAAUUUAAAGUUUAUCAAUAUUUUGUGAAAACAGUUCUAUGCACAUCGUCACGACUAUUCAUAAGGUGAUGAUGUCAUAUCCCCACUUUACUUUUUCUUGUGUUAUUACAUGAAAUCAUAAUUCUUUCAUUUUUUCAUACAUGUGUAAAUGAUGUGUCUCCAUUAUGAUGAAAUAAGUAGCGGCAAUAAAUAACUAAUGCACUUAAUCAGUUGUCAAUCCAAUUGUUUGAGUUCUUGAUAAAAAAAAUUGAAUAAACUUCAUUUCAUAUAAUAAAAUACAAAAGAACAAGUGGGGAUAUGACAUCAUCAGCCCACCUAAUGAAUAUUCAUGAAGACGUGCCUAGAACUGUUUUACCGGAAUAAAGCAAAUCUUUAAAAUUCAAUAACUUCAUUAUUUGUAAUCUGAUUUUGAUGAAAUUUUCAGCAUUUUGCUCUGCGAAUUUUACUCUUUUUAUUGAGAUAUAAAUAUCUCCAGCCUGGACCAUCCCUUAAGUCAAAUAUAUGUCUCUAAUGUGAAAAUUAGAUGCAAAAAGUACAAUUUCUUGUCAAUUUUUGUUCAACUUACAACUCAAUAUACCGGUAAUGAGAUUCAUGGCUUCUGAAGGGGAUUUGUCUUUUUAAGUCUGUAUUAUAGUGAAAUGAAAUAGAGAAGACCCUUUUCAACAUGUAGAUUGAUGAUUCUUGCACGAUAGAUUGUAUAUAUUCUAGAUAAUAUCUUAGUAUGUCAUUAUUUGAUAAUAUUUUAAUGUUACUAAGGCUGUCUCUGAAGAGGCGAUUCAGCUUUGAAAUGAAUAUUGAUUUUAUUAUUUUAUUAGAGGUGGUUAUUUGAUAAAUUUUGAUAAAUUCUGCAAUUGCUGUCACUCUUCAAUGAAGUGCAAUAAUGCCAACAAAGAAUGCAGAAUCUUAGAAUUUUAAAUAUGAUGUGAUUUCUAACUAAAUCAACUUCCAGUGAAAAGUAAACAAACAGAACCACUCAAUUUAAUGCCGAUUUCAAUUGAAAAAUACAGUAAACCUUGUAAAUUACAUUAUUGAAACUGCUUAAAGGAACAAAUAAGUCCAUUUAUGUUAAUUGAGAAUGAGAAUUUGGUGGGAAGGCUAGAAGAUGAAAUCAACUGCAAAUAUUAUUAAGAUUUUUUUUUUUCAUAAACGCCUUGAUUUGUUUCAUUAUGCACCUUUUCAUGUAAUUCUAUUUCAUUAAUUACUGAUGAUUAACAAUCAUCUACCGCACCAAGGAAAAUGAUCUCGGCCAAGACUAUAUGACAAGUUUUCAUGGAAAUGGUGCGAUAGUGUCCAAGUACAAUACCAUCGUAUCUGGCUGUAUCUCUGGGUGCUGGUUCCUUGACAUCCAGAUAGGUUAAGUCAUUCUUUAAUAUUUCUAUGUAGCAAAUUCAAUUGGACAUUUACUGACAUACAACAAAUUCAUGGAGAUAUAUACGUAUGUAUAUUCAUGGAUGUAUAUUGCGUGAUCUUGUACAUUAUUCUAUUUGGUAUACACGUGUAGGUGACAUUGUACAUUAUGGUGAUAUCAUGUUAUAUUGUACCACACUUCAUCAAGAUCACAUGUAUUUUCGACGUUAUUUUUCUACAUUCUUAUUGUAAUUACAUGAAUGGAACAGCAGUUGAAAAUUGAAAUUAUGGGUUUGUGUACGGAUUGAGGCGAUUAUCUGAUUAUGUGACUUUAUAUAUUAACAUGUACAAAUGUUUAGUCUUGUUAUUGAUUGAAUUGUGAAAUGUCUGAAAUAUGCUAAUGAAUAUAGUUGUUUUGGAAAACUUUGCAAGUGGCAUUCUUAUCUUUCUUCUUCAACAAACCUCUCUUCCCCAAAAUUGAUUUCCAUGUCUUCUCACAUAUGUCAUAUUAAUUUUAAAUUUCUUAAUUGUAUAUGGGUCUUUUUGAGAUAAAAGUGUAUUUUCAUCACUUUAUCAUGUAGGAAGCAAUGACAAAUGUGAAGAAGAAAAAAAAUAUAUUUUAACAUUUGCAAUUUAGUUUGUUGGUGUUCUUUAGUGUUUUUAUGUAACAAAUUAAAUACUGCACCAAAUAUUCCUCUUUGAUAGGAAUUAUAUAAUUUAAAAACAUGGAUAGCCAUGUAAUAUAGAUUUUAAUUCUAUGUCAAAUUUCUAUUCAUUGUAAUGUACUGAAAAGCAAGCAUUCGAGUUGAUCAUGCAUCAAAUCAACAAUUCAUUACUAAAACUUUUUCUGCUAUUUAUAAAGUUGAAAGAAUACUAGGAUCAUAUUUGCAAGGAGUUUUCAAUUUUUAUGUCGAGUGUAGAUAAGUUUUUAUAUGAAAAUAAUAUGAUUCAGAGUUGAUAUGAAUGUGACUUUUACUGGAUCUAAAAUGCACAAAGUCAAUUUUGUCAUAAAAUGUCCAUUUUAAUGAACAUUUUAUUAAUCAGGUGAUUUACCCUGGUGGAAUGAAUAUUCCUCGAGGGUGAUCCAUUCAAGCUUUGUAUAAUGUUAUGCAUGGCUUCACAACUGACUGAACUACAUGAAUGGUAGGCAAACUAGGUUUAUUUUACCACAUGUUUUUUAAUUUUUAAUUGCAAAGUACAUGUAUGAAAGAAAGAAAUAUUGCACUAUUCAAAUGAUUGGAAAUAUUAUGUUCAAUUGCAAAAAAAGUAGUAUUACUCAAACUUUGUCAGUUUUUUUUAUUCACAUUGCUUGCAAUGCCAUGCAUAACUUUAUAUAUACUUUAUGAAAAAAUGUGCCCCCUUUAAAUAUUUUUUCAGCACAUUACGUAAGUGUUAACAAUAACACUAUGUAACUACCAACUCGUGAAAUGAGAAUAAAAAAAGCAAAAGAUUUGUGUGUAUUAUUUA